CCCAUAAUGUUCUUCAUGUUGCACAUUUUAAUCCAUUUACUUUUUUAACAUAAUUUUAUACAUACCGUUUUGUUUUGCCUCACUUUUGCACUAUUCAGAAAUAUUCUGCACUAUUCAGAAUCUAUUUAGUGUAAAUAUUACUUAUUUUAUUUUAGCCGAUUGUAUCCUUUUCUUCUGAUUGAACCGUGGGUCAGACAAACGCAAGUUCGAUUCCUCUAUUUGUAUGGCACAUAUUUUGGAAUUGAAUUAAGCCGACUUCGACUCUGACUUUGAACUAGUAGGCUAUUGCAUCAAUUGCGCUAAUUACUGGUUAGUUAUGGUGGUGUAUCAUAGUAAAUCCCGGGGGCCUUUUCACCACUGUUUAUAAGUCUUUUAUGAAUAAAAAGCCUACUGUCAACUCGUUUUUUAUCAGGUAAAAUACAGUUAUUUGUAAAGUUAAUAAAUUGACAUUGACUAAAUAUUCUUGGUGUGAGGCCUACUGAAAGGUAAUCCGACUAUUUCAGCUUCUUUCUGUAUUUGUGUGAAUGCAUCCCAGAUUUAUUCGUUAUUUUACUGGGAAAGGACUUUGAACCUGUAACCUGUAACCCACCCCCAAAACUUGCCAGUCAGGAAAAACUGUAAAGCUAUAGGCCUAGGCAGGUUCAGUGUUACGAAACAGAUUCCGUUCUUGGAGAGUUGAAGGGGAUUCGUAAAGUGCGGAUCAUAAAUAGGCCCAAGCCUACAUAUAGACUGAUAUGUGUUCCCUAGAUAUAGGGAAAAUAUCGUGAAAAUGCAUAAAACAAUGUUUCUAUUCUUGCUGUUGAGCAUCGGCGUGGAGGCCAAGGAGGACACAGCUGAAGAUUCUUGGCAUGUUCCUGGUCAAAGCACAGUCGGAGAGGAUAUCAGCCUAGAUUCUGGCUCCAAUUCUCAGAGUGGAAGAAGUUCCGCAGACUUCUCCGGUCACCUGCUUGUGGUCCCUUUUGACGGAAGCCACUGGAUUGGCAUUAAGGCGAUCGCCCAGGAAAUCGGUCGUCGUGGUCACCGAGUGACGGUCUUGAUGCCUGAGAUCACGAUGCGGAUGGGUCCGGGGGAGCAUUUCGACACCGUAACAUACCCCGUGCCCUACGGGAAGAAGGAUGUCGAAGAAAUUAUGGCAACACACACGGAGGUGAUGCGCAGCGCCCAUCAAACUUUAAUGGAGAGGGUAAACGCUAAAAUUACACAGAUUCAGAAAAUUACGGAGAUCCUUCACUCGACUGCAGAAAGCCUACUGUUCAACGACAGCUUGAUAUCAACGCUACAGCAACAGCGAUUCGAUGCUGUCUUGACCGACCCUAUGGUGCCUACUGGCUCUCUUCUAGCGAGAAAACUGGGACUCCCCACCCUCAAUUUGCUGAGAGGGAUACCGUGCGGGCUGGACUGGCAGUCCAUGGCCUGCCCAUCACCUCCGUCCUACGUCCCUCGCAUGUUAACUGGAUUUACAGAUCGAAUGACCUUUAAACAGAGAGUCAUUAACACUUUGCUGAGUGCGUGGGAGCCAUUGAUGUGUCGACUCCUGUUCUGGCACUUUGACACUAUAGCCCAGCGAUUCCUGGGCGAGGAUGUGGGAAUAGCUGAGGUUGUUUCUGAGUCUGAUAUCUGGUUGCAGAGGAUUGACUUUUCAUUGGAGUACCCUCGUCCGUUGAUGCCCAACGUGGUGCUGGUGGGCGGGAUCAAUUGUGAUGUGAAGAGCCCCCUGCCGGAGGAAAUGGAGCCGUGGGUUUCUGCAGAACAUGGCUUUGUAGUUUUCACCCUUGGCAGCAUGGUGUCAAGUCUGCCAGAGGAGAUAACCGCCGUCUUUAUAGAAGCCUUCAGAAGAAUCCCACAAAAGGUGAUAUGGCGGCACACUGGUCCAGUUCCUGAUAAUCUCCCAGAAAACGUGAAGAUUAUGAAGUGGGUGCCACAGAAUGACCUGCUAGCGCACGCUGGGGCCCGCGCUUUCAUCACACAUAGUGGCUCUCACGGUAUCUAUGAGGGCCUGUGUCACGCGGUUCCCAUGGUGAUGGUGCCGCUGGGAGGGGACCAGCCUGACAACGCCCAGCGCAUGGCAAGCAGGGGGGCCGGCGUGGUCCUGGACAUCACCACCGUCACUGUGGAUGACCUCCUGAACGGACUGGAUGAGGUCAUCAACAACACCAGGUACAAGGAUAAUCUAAAGAAGCUCUCAGCAGUCCAUAAAGAUCGUCCUAUGGACCCCUUGGACCUGUCAGUCUACUGGACAGAAUAUGUGAUGAGACACAAAGGCGCUCGCCAUCUCAGGCCUGCUGCCCAUGACCUCAACUGGUUCCAGUAUCACAGCUUGGAUGUGAUUACGUUUCUGGUGACAGUAGUGAUGCUUGUCGCCAUGGUAACAUUUAAAUGCAUUUCUUUAUGCCUUAGAAGAGUGAUGAGAAAGAAAAAGCAGGAAUGAUCAGAAGAUGUUGUUAUGGAUGUUGAGUAUUGAGCACCUAGCGACACCUAGUGUCUUUGUUAUGUUAUGCUGAAGCCCAUAAUGCUGUGCGGGGUGGUUGGCAUAUUCUUUAUUCAAUAAAACUUGAACUGAAUUGCUGUGUGAUUGCUGCGUGAACGAGAGAAUCGUCUGGCAGGACUGACUGAGAAGCGCAUGAAA